AUGGAGGCACUCAUGUGCCAGCUCUCACUCAUUUUUCGAUGUAUUUUGGUUCCGAUGCCACGACUCACAAUGGCGGAGGAUCAAAGCACAUCUCUCCAGUUCUCCACUCCACGGUCUCCACAUUGGUCCGUCUACAGUAAAAUAGCGCGAAUACUGGGCGCGAUCAUUUGGAAAACACCACGAUUGGCGCCUCUUUUUCUCUAUAAUAGGGGUUUUGAAGCCCUCAUUGAGCUUGCCCACGAUCCAUUGUGCGUGCCUUCUCGUUCUCUUCAAGUAUUCAGAAUGGCCCAAGCCGAUGAGCGAGGCAACGGCAGUACUGAAGUCAAAGAGCCAUCUCCGAAGAUUCAGAAGAUUGAUCAGAAUGGCGUGCACGAAGCCUCGGAAAACCCUGUACCACUGUUUAGGGUGAAAAAGCUCUCCGACAAGGCUGUGUUGCCUUCACGAGCCUCCCCUCUCUCUGCCGGCUACGACCUCUCGAGUGCGACGGAGACUAAAGUACCAGCCAGAGGCAAAGCCCUAAUCCCAACUGAUCUUAGCAUUGCUAUAUCGGAAGGAACUUAUGCCCGUAUUGCACCAAGGUCGGGAUUGGCUUGGAAGCACUCCAUUGAUGUCGGGGCGGGUGUGAUUGAUGCUGAUUACAGAGGGCCAGUUGGGGUGAUCUUGUUCAACCACUCUGAUGUUGAUUUUGAGGUGAAAGUGGGUGAUAGGAUCGCCCAACUGAUUAUUCAGAAGAUCAUGACUCCUCAGGUCGUGGAAGUUGAUGAUCUAGAUGAAACAGUGAGAGGAGACGGAGGUUUUGGAUCUACCGGUGUGUGAUUCUGUAUAGCAAGUGUCAAUCACCAAAUAUAUGUUAAUGUUUCCUCGUUUUGUUGAUUAGUUCAGUAAUUCUGUGGAAUAUGUGGUGGUCUGCCCACAAUUUUUGCUGUCAUAUUUCAGAUGUUAGAAGUUCAUAGUGAUGGGAUUUCGGAACGAAAAUGCUUCGUGAAUAUUGAAUGUGUUCUUCCCUUUAUUGAAAAUGAUUCUUAGUAUGAAACAGAUAUGGUGGUAUGUGCGUUU